AUGGAUCUAUCAAAAAUCAAUGCUAUAAGCGUAUUACCACCUUUUUUGCCGACAACAAAGCUGAGCGACUUAACCAUAGGCAAUGAGUAUCAAAUUACCAAUGUCAAAAAAGUGAACACUAAAUAUGGAGCACGAGUUAUCGCUACUGUUGGCAAAGAAUUUAAUAUUUUCUUACCAAAAAGAACUUCAGCAGCAAUCAUUGAGGAUCCGCAGCAAUUCGAGCAGCUUACGAAUGCGAUAUCGAACAACAAUAUAUAUUUUCUCUAUCAUGGUGGUCAAUAUCAUGACAUUGAAAUCAUUUUCCGAGCAUAA